ACAAUUGAUCGGCUCACGAGUGGCAUUCGUGUUAACUCUUUCCAUUCCACACAUUCCACCCUCCCUCUACUGUCCGCCUCACUCUGCCCGCUGUUCAUGCCGUAGCCGUAACCUCUACGUUCCCAUUGGCCGCACCAUUGACAUUAUCGACCCUCUCAGCUCAAGCUUCUGCAUGCGCCAACACUACCAAAUCACUUCCACUCCCUUUCAGAUCACUACGGAUAAACUAGUCGAUUUUCAUCGUUGGGUUUCUUCAUAAUUUCUGAACUUAUCCACUCCUUUCGUCAAUUUCACUAUCUCUGCCUUGUGGUUUGUUUUUCCCUUUAAAUCAUGGCUUCCGCAAUGCUCAGUGGAGCUGAAUGCCUCAAGAUCACCAGAGAAUUGGGGUUUUCCGCUUCCAAUCUCCACGGCAGGAAUUUCCCCAAAUUAGGUUUAGUUUCCAGUUUUCGGUGUUCCAAGGCCGUGUCCAUGGCGCCUAAGUGCAGUGUUUCUGCUUCGCGGCCGGCUUCUCAGCCUAGGUUUAUUCAACACAAGAAAGAGGCAUUUUGGUUUUAUAGGUUCCUCUCGAUUGUGUACGACCACGUCAUAAACCCUGGGCAUUGGACUGAGGACAUGAGGGAUGAAGCUCUUGAGCCGGCGGAUCUCAGCGACAGAAAUAUGAAUGUGGUGGAUGUUGGUGGUGGCACUGGAUUCACCACUUUAGGGAUAGUGAAGCAUGUGGAUGCCAAAAAUGUAACCAUUCUGGAUCAGUCGCCUCAUCAGCUUGCCAAGGCUAAGCAGAAAGAGGCCUUGAAAGACUGCAAAAUUAUUGAAGGGGAUGCUGAGGAUCUUCCAUUUCCUACUGAUUAUGCUGAUAGAUAUGUGUCUGCUGGAAGUAUUGAAUAUUGGCCAGACCCACAGCGCGGCAUCAAGGAAGCAUAUAGGAUCCUAAAGCUUGGAGGAAAAGCAUGCUUGAUUGGUCCAGUGUACCCAACGUUUUGGUUAUCUCGUUUCUUUGCAGAUGUGUGGAUGCUUUUCCCAAAGGAAGAGGAGUAUAUCCAGUGGUUCAAAAAUGCUGGAUUUACUGACGUCCAAUUGAAAAGGAUUGGUCCAAAAUGGUAUCGAGGAGUUCGUCGCCACGGUCUAAUAAUGGGAUGUUCUGUGACUGGUGUGAAACCAUCCUCCGGCGACUCUCCUUUGCAGCUUGGGCCGAAGGAAGAGGACGUGUCAAAACCCGUAAAUCCAUUCAUGUUCCUGGUUCGCUUCCUUCUGGGAGCCAUGGCAGCUACAUACUAUGUGCUGGUUCCCAUAUACAUGUGGAUCAAAGAUCAGAUUGUUCCAAAGGGUCAGCCAAUCUGAGCUGGGAAGAAGGACUCAAAGCUGAUAUCCAUUCUACUCUUGCAGGUGCAAUUUUAGUUUUCUUGUUGUAGCACUCUUUGUUUCUUGCUGCUUGUUUUUUGUACAUUGUUAACGAAUUGAAUACCCAUCAGAAAUGUGUAUGAUUCCGAUUCAAACUUUUCUUGGAAUCAGAGAACUUCCGUAGGACCAAUCCCUUCAAAUUAAA